CGUAGGAGGCCAGCCAGUCUAACACAACACUUUUGAUAUGAAUCACGUGUUCAUUAAUUACAACAUUUAUACUUUCCCGGGCUAGGCCCGAACAAAAUAUACAAAAAAAUAAUCAUGACACAGGAGGCCAACCAGAAGUAUGCGUUUCCCAGCCCCUCCGACAGCAGCAGCGUCCAGGAUGUGGCCCGGGCAGUGGAGCGACUGGCGGCGGACACCAACGAGGAUCUGCGCAACUUCCGGAAGGAGCAGGCCCACAUACGGUCCCACGUUAACGGCGUCCUGGAGGAGAACCAGCGGCUGGCCGAGGAGCUGGGCCGAUACAAGAGCACAUAUGCCGCCCGCGACUACAAGGAGCUCAAGCAUCAGUUGCAGUUGACCAACGAAGCGCUGGAGAAGUCCAGGAAGCAGGUGGAGGAGCUGCGCCAAGAGCGCAGGAGCCUGCAGCUGAUGCAGGAGUGCUCCCAGAAGACCAUCGACAAUAUGGAACUGGAGCUGAAGAACUAUCGCGCCCAGCUCCUUGAGUCGGGAGAGGAACACAAGAUCACACAGCGCUACGUGCGGGCCGUGAAGAUGCUGGAGGCGAAAGUGACAGCACAGCAGGAGGAGCUGCUCACCCAAACCGAGACGAUCAAGGCCCUUCAUGAGCACAAACAGCGGGGCGGGGAGCAGCUGCAGCAACUCCAGGCGACGCUCAGAGACCAGGCCGAGGAGCAGGCGAAGGUGGCCAACCUUCAGAAGCAGGUGAAGGAGUACGAGCUCUCCCUCAGGCACACCCACAACCUCCUGGUGGAGAGUACGCGCCGCGAGAGCGCGGCUGUGCGAAAGGCCCAGGAGGCCGUCGCCAUCAGUGAGGCGGCUACGCGGGAGAAGGCUGAGGCCGAAAAGCGUGCCGAGAACUACAAGGAGGAGGUUACCCAGCUGGCCACCAACAUAGGGAGCAUCAUGCAGGAGGCCGCCAACCAAGUGGACUGCGAAGUGGCCCAGCUGCGGAGUAAGCUGAGCGAAAAAGACAAGCUUAUAGCGACCAUAAAAGACAAGCUGAAAAAGGAUGCGGAGGAGCACAAGAACGUGGUCCAUGUUCUGGAGACGCGCAAUAAUCGCCUUGAGCAGAAGUACAAGGAGGCUCUCAAGCAGAACGACAAGCUGGAGGGCGAAGUGGAUGUCACCUACCGCCGACUCUGCGAGCUGGAGCAGGCGCUUAAUGAUUCCAACAACGAGGCCCGAGACUGCAAGGCGAAAAAGCACUAUGAGCUGCAAAUGGACCGAUACAUGCAGGCUCACAAACAGAUGAAGACCAACUACCAUGCGGCCAUGGACGACAUCACUCAGAAGUUCGAGGCGGAGAUCUACCGCCUGCGCAAACAGAACUCGGAGCUGGAGGCGGACAACUGUUUGCUGAAGAGCGGAGCCGCCGGAGAUUUCUCCACCAAUCGAAUCUAGUCCCUAUACAAUCUAGCUGUACAGUAUUAUAUUGAAGAAUAUCUAUAUUUUUUGCCAAAGUAA